CCAUUCAAAGCCCGCUGUCGCGUUAGGUUCAGUUGUUGCCUAGUCAGCGAGCGCUUUCUGGUUUGGUAAACACAUACAAAGGUGUCCAUUUUGGGACCGGAGUUACAACAGAAAGCAACCAGUCGUGUGUUGAGUUUCUAAUGAUGCUGUGUUGAUACUGUGUAGACAUCUGUAUGUAUUUUCCAACUGAUGCCAUCAAGUUAUUGGAGCAGGACGAGGAAUUCUAACGAUACUUGCAACCGACUGCAAGACGAGAUCAACGGCGAUUCCGAUCAGACUACUUAUCAGUUAUGAUUUUUUUGGUGUUAAUUAUGACGCAGGGUAGAGACAGUCGGUAGUGUUCAAGAAAAAGGACUUACACGUGAACUGAACGAUACGAGAAAAACAUACCUCGCUCACUAUUCAACUCUACGGUGGUCGGACUGAAUGAAGCUCUAGACUGUAAGAUAUUGGGACUGCUUUUGCCGUCACAUCUGUUCUCCAGUUCCCGCUUGAAGUAGGUACCUCAUCAUCGACAAGCAGUGUUUCGAUUACAUGACGCAGAAUGGGCUGUGGGCCCUCAGAAGUUGCUGUGAAUCACAACCACGCCCAGGUGAACAACCACUCUCAAAACAACAACCACGCCCAGAUCCCCGUCUCAAAGAAGAAAGCUAUCACAAAGGAGGAGUCAGCAAACAGAAGUAACACUUUGCGAAGAGGGAGCCCAUUACCACCCCGUAUAUCGGUCACUGUGCCUCCGGACUUGGCCCUGCUCGACGUUGUACCGACCACGCCUAUCGAGAACCCGACUCUGUCUGGUUACAUCUAUGUGCCACCACCCAUUCCGGUACUUGUGUACCAAGGCGAGGACACCUUCACCAGACACUACCUCACAGUGCGAGGGGACAGACUAAUGUUUGAGGGCACGCGGGGCGAAUUGGAUGAAACACAGUACGUGUUUGAUAUGUACCAGUAUGCCAGCAAGUGCGCCGACUGGGGCACCACCGUCAGCCUUGUGCACAGACAGUCGAUGCGAUGCAUCGCCUCCGAAUCAGAAGAGGGCGUCGCGAAACUCGUGGACUUCCCAGACUGGAUGUCCCAGGAUGACGAAGAGAUUGAGGUCAAUCCACGCUUCUUCCUACGGACUCAAGAGAGUCCGGAAUCAGACUACACGUUAUUCCGAUGUCACAGCGGACCAGUGAAGUACUUGGCCAGAGACGCAGACACGAGCAAGGCUUACCUGUCUCCCUGGAUGCGGUAUCCUGCCUUCUUACAACUGAAAGUAUUGACUGUCCCGCAGGAGACGCCCGACGAGGACUCCCUAAGAACGUCAGACUUUGUUUAAGCACUUGAACGAGAUGUCCUUAAACGACUCCAAUCAACAUUUGUCGAACAUCAGCGCCGAUCUGUUCCACACCAGAGUGACCCAGGUUCCCGGAAAGAGAAUGCUGGAAUCUUGCAUAGAGUAAGAUUUAUUGCGGUUGCAACUACACGUAACUCCUAGGGUUUUGCUCACAGUGAAGGCUGAAACACAACGGGCAACAAAAGAUCGUUCCCGCGUCGGGACGUUUCUGACAAGCAAAGGCAGGGAAUUCAAACCAUGUGAGGAAAAAGGAAAGCAUCGGGACAACGACAUACUUUGAAUUGAAUCUUUAAUCGCUUAACGACAGACCAUGCAGGUGCUUUGAUGUUGGAGAAUUUUUUUGUUUGGGGAAUGGUUGAGUAAUAACGCACACGAUAUUAGGGUGAAACUGAUGUCACAAGCUGUCAACAAAGUGGUAUAUUUUAAUAAUAUCGAGGGUUUGAAUUAUAAUCCAAUAGUCAUGUUUGCAAAGCCGAUGUUGCAUGUAAAUACAUGUAUAUUUAUAUAACAUUGAUAAUGAAUUCAUUCUAGUUAUAGCCUUUGUAUCUGUAAAACGACUAUGCAAUUUGUUGAAAUAAAUUCUACGGUGGGCCUUCUACAAAUCCACGACGGUGGUCUGUUGCCAUCAUCCAGAUCCGAAGAAAUUGGGAUCCCUUCACAAAACAGUUCGUGUACUGGCAUGACAAGAUUCGUAACUUGGGACAAACAAAGGUUUGUUUCCGAUAACGGAAUGCCAAGUUACAUGUUUCCAACAACAUUACCGUGGCCGCCCAGUGAGCGAAUUGUUCACAUCAAUAUCAGAUUAUACUUGGUCAUACUCAUAUGUUUUAUAUUGAACGAAAAAACUAUAGGCAGGUAAGGCAUCCACAAAUAUUCCUUAUUUACUCCUUUAUUUCUGCCAGUAUUUGUGUGAAAGGAAAUGACAAUGAUUCCUGUACGGUGAGAUAGUUUUGUUCGUUCUGCAGACCUUUUUCAAAGCAGUGUUCCAAAGAUUUGUUUAUUUUUUCAGGUGUGUUUUACGCUCUGUUUUCAAAUGUUGCAUCUCUGUCAACUGAAGUUCCAAAUAUUACCCUAAGGCUUGCUUUUUUUCUCCCUGGUGCAUGAAAACUCUUUAGCUCAGAUCCAGCAUGUGGUUCCAAAUGUAUAUUUCAUGCUAAUGAGUAUCAAUGACGAAUCGAUUUCAAGACGUCCCGGGUUUGCAAUGUUCUCGUAAACUAUCAAGUGUUUGAAAUUCUGUAGAUAGGCCCUAUCACUGUAUCAGAGUGUUUCCUAAAAAAAAAUAGAAAGCAGCCUCCUUCAUAUCUUCAUUUCUCAGUGGCCUGUUUGGGAUAUGGACGUGUCAAACGUGCCAUUUUGCGCCACAUUCAAAAGUACUUAAAUUGCCCAACUCCAGCCGAAUGGUACAAACGGUGAAGACAGCUGCACCUCACUUUUGAAGGAUUAGUGGCGACGCCAAGAAGCGUCUUUUGUUGAAUACCCUUCCUCUCCACUAUUUCGGGUUAAGCAGACCCUCCAACCCUUCAAGGGGGAUAUGUGAGAACAAUUUCAGCGGUUGCAGAAUGCUAAAAAAGACCUCUAAUCGAACUCACGAGAGCCAUAUUCCUUACAAAUAAACGUGGAAGACCCAAUAAGAAUGGACGCGUAACCAUACAAUUCCAACAGGCUGCCGAAAAUAGAGAUCAUUCACGAAGGCCAGCCAUCAAAGACCCAGACUAGUUUACUGCAUUUGACGCUAUUGCGGUGUUUGGGGGAAAGGAGCCUUUAUUGUACGGUAAACGUUCAGUCAAACACUUCUUUGUAUAGAAUUAUAUAGCAAUGUUGGCAAAGCUUUGCGUGUUUUUAUUUACAUUGCUGCACAUUACAUGCAACUGGCAUAAAGUCCAUGCACUACACACAACAAACACCCGUUAAAGUCCUUCGUUGAAAAGGGUUGGUUUACAGCAAUAUUAGUUUUUUCGUUGUCACUUUUCAUAAAAUCACUGGAAAUUAACAGAGCAAGCAUGUUUAUAAGCUACAUAUGCAGUGCUUGCUUGUCCUGUCAUGUCAACUUCUGCUAUUGAUGACGUGCCUUUGGCUGUCAAAGUAUCUCGAGUUUAAAUAAAGUACAUGCAGUGGAACUGCCAGUUACAACAAUAA